GGCGCCGCCGGGCGGAAGCACAGGCGAACAGCGCGGGCCGGCCUGGUUGCCAUGGGAGCGCAGCUGCGGCCCGGGCGCUGGGCAGAGGCAGCCCGGGCUGCUCCUCCGCUGCCCUCCCCUCAGCUACCCGGGCUGGGGGCGGCUGGACCCAGGUCCCUCCGAAGGUAACGGAGCCCGGGAUCGCAGUGUCCCUCCUGCUCUUCUCCGCGACGCUCUGUGACCCCGCGCGGCCUCGGUCCUCAGCAGGCGCCCGGGGCGGAGGCUCCCUGACACCUGGCCUUGGAGGGACGCGGCCGGUGCCGGCCGGAGGCCUCCGGCACCACAUCUCGGCAUUAGUGUCGAGACUAAAGGAAUUGGGUUCGAGCCUCACCUUGUCUUCUUCUGGAUGCGUUGCUGAACAAGACCAGUUACCACGAGACUUAAAGGCGGUAGCUCUGGCCCCGGAACUCUUCCCUGCUCUUCUGAACAGCCCGCUGUGCAGAAUGCCCCACAAGAUUGGAUUUGUAGUGGUCAGCUCUUCUGGACAUGAAGAUGGCUUCAGUGCCCGGGAACUGAUGAUCCACGCUCCAACUGUCAGUGGGUGGAGGUCACCAAAAUUCUGCCAGUUUCCACAAGAGAUUGUUCUCCAGAUGGUGGAGAGGUGUCGAAUAAGGAAACUACAGUUGCUUGCUCACCAGUACAUGAUCUCCAGCAAGGUCGAGUUCUACAUCAGUGAAAGCUUGCCUGACUACUUGGUGCCCUACCAAGCAGAGCGCUUCCGCAGGCUGGGAUAUGUCUCUCUCUGUGAUAAUGAAAAGACAGGCUGCAAAGCCCGGGAACUCAAGUCUGUUUAUGUGGAUGCCGUGGGACAGUUUCUUAAGCUGAUUUUUCACCAAAACCACGCCAACAAGUACAACAUAUAUAAUCAGGUGGCUUUGGUUGCAAUAAAUAUCAUUGGAGACCCUGCAGAUUUUGGUGAUGAAAGCAAUAUUACCUCUAGGGAGAAGCUGAUUGACCAUUACCUGGGCCACAGUCCCCACAAUCCUGAGGACCCAGCCUUAGAAGGAACUUUUGCUGGGAGACCUGACUAUUUCUCUCCACUUGAUGACUUGGCCUUUGACAUGUACCAAGACCCUGAGGUUGCACAGAUCAUCCGCAGGCUGGAUGAAAGGAAACGGGAAGCUGUCAAGAAGGAGCGCUAUGACCAUGCAAAGAAACUGAAGCAAGCAAUUGCUGACUUACAGAAGGUCGGUGAGCGCCUAGGGCGCUAUGAGGUAGAGAAGCGCUGUGCGGUGGAGAAGGAAGACUAUGACCUGGCCAAGGAAAAGAAGCAGCAGAUGGCACGCUACCGUGCCCAGGUGUAUGAACAGCUGGAGCUGCAUGGCCUCCUGCAGGCCGAGCCAGAGAUGCAGAGGCCUUUGGCUUUGCCCCUCCAGCCCCUUGCGUCUCCCAGCAGUCCCCAGCACUGGAAGGCAGUAUCCUCACUCCCGAAGACAGAAGAGCUGGUGGCAGAAGAUACAUUUGCUAGUCCUAGCCUCCAGGAAAAGCCCUUGGCAUAUGCCUUAGCAUCUUCUCCUCAGCAUUUAGCAGUGGACCAGUCCCCGCCCGCGGCAGGCGCUGCCCCAAGGAGCCAUGUAGAGGUCCUGCCCUAUGAUGAGCGGCCUCUUCCCGUUACUCGGAAGCAGCUGGGGGAAGCAUCCACAGAGCCAGAAAUGAGAGAGGUGGACAGCAGUGAUGUUCGGAGACGGGGCGCCUCAGGGGAGCCAGAGCCCCUGACAGAGAAGGCCCUGAGAGAAGCCAGCUCUGCCAUCGACAUCUUAGGCGAAGCCUUGGUGGCUGGGGCCUAUUCUAAGAUGUGGUCCUGCCGAGAAGAUGCACUACUGGCACUGUACAAGAAGCUGAUGGAGAUGCCUGUUGGAACCCAGAAGGAAGAUUUGAAAAACAUGCUCAGGGCAUCUGUCUUUCUCAUCAGAAGAGCCAUAAAGGACAUCGUGUCCUCAGUCUUUCAGGCUUCACUGAAAUUGCUGAAAAUGAUAAUUACACAGUAUAUUCCGAAGCACAAGCUGAGCAAACAAGAAACAACGCACUGUGUUGAGAGAGUUGUUCCCCUUUUACUCGCCAGGACCGGAGACUCCUCUGCCCGCCUCCGUGUCAUAGCUUUGAACUUCAUCCAGGAAAUGGCCUUGUUUAAGGAGGUGAAGUCUCUGCAGCUCAUUCCAUCUUACUUGGUGCAGCCGCUGAAGGCCAACACUUCCGUUCAUCUGGCAUUGAGCCAAGUGGACCUCCUGGCCCGGCUGUUGAGAGACCUGGGCACUGGGAGCUCAGGCUUUGCUGUGGAUAAUGUGAUGAAGUUUGCAGUGAGUGCCCUGGAGCAUAGGGUGUAUGAGGUGAGGGAGACAGCGGUCAGAAUCAUCCUGGACAUGUACAGAGAGCACCCUGCCCUCACCCUGGAUCACCUUCCUCCAGAUGACAGCAGCACACGCAGAAACCUCCUCUACAAAGCCAUUUUUGAGGGAUUUGCUAAGAUAGAUGGCAGACCAACUGAGGCUGAAGUCAAGGCCCAGAAAAGAGCAGCCACAAAAGAAGCAGAAAAGCAAAAGAAAGAAGAAAUGAAGGCUCUGCAGGGCCAGUUAGCAGCACUGAGAGAGACCCAGGUUGGUACCCAGGAGAAGGAGAGUGAUGCUGUGCAGCUCAAGAACCAAGACCCUGAAGGAAGGAACGCUGCCCCACUCGAUACUCCGGAAAUCCCAGAUAACCACUAUUUGGAUAAUCUGUGCAUCUUUUGUGGGGAAAGGAACGAGUCUUUCACAGAAGAGGGCCUGGACCUCCAUUACUGGAAACACUGCCUCAUGCUGACAAGAUGUGACCACUGCAGGCAGGUGGUUGAGAUCUGCAGCCUGACGGAGCACUUGCUGACAGAAUGUGACAAGAGGGACGGCUUUGGGAAGUGCCACCGCUGCGGCGAGGCUGUUGCCAAGGAGGAGCUUCCCAGGCACAUCAAAACGAAGGAGUGCAACCCUGCCAAAUCGGAGAAGGUGGCAAACCGCUGUCCUCUGUGUCACGAGAACUUUGCCCCUGGAGAAGAGGCAUGGAAGGUUCAUCUGAUGGGCCCUAGUGGGUGCACAAUGAACCAGCGCAGAACACACGUUCUCUGCAAGGCUGCAGCCCCGCAGCAAGGGAAAGGCCCAGCAGCAUCAAAGUCAGGCACCUCGGCACCCAAGGUUGGAAGCAAGAUCCCCACCCCAAAGGGGGGCCUGAGUAAGAGCUCCAGCAGGACAUACACGCGACGUUGACAGAGUUUCCACUUCUGUCUCUGCCCAGGGGCUUUGCAAGUUUCUCUCUUCUAAGCCAUGUGUGUUGGCAUGGUGGUGCAGGGCUCCACCUGCUGUCCCUUGGCCUCUUGUGUCCCAAUGUCUACUCUCACAGGAAUAGAGUGUAUGGAUAUGACCAAAGAACCCGCCACAGCUAGGUCCUGUAGUGCUCAGGCACAGAAGAACUUCUUGCUCAGGAAGCCAGCAAGCACAGCACCUACUUCCCUUGCUACUGAGAAGAUACACCCCAAACUUUGAGCUCACUGGUGUCUGUUGCACACAGUAGGCUUUGGUGGCCCUAGAGGACAGCAGCAAGCCACGCUGAGCCUGCUGUGCCAUCUCUCGCUGGCCUAUGUGCUAGAUUGUCACACCAUGUACAGCAACAAGCAAUAAAGGAAAGCAAAAGACAGCCAUUCUGAGAACUGGCCCCUCCCAUACUCACUGUGCCUGAUGCUCCUGGUCACACAUGUCCCUGUGACCCCCCACCCCGGACAGCCUAGACACCUUUCCUCAGUGGGUCGGGGGCUCUGCUGCAGAGCCCAGGUUGAUGUUGCUCUCCUGCCUACCCUAUGCUCCCCUGACCAUAGCCCGCCUGCAAGCCUCAGUUUUCUUUAUGGCAAUAUGAGCACCUUGCACAUUUGCCUAACCCACAAAGUUACCCCACACACACCUUGCUGGCCCAGAGCCUCCAAAUCAGUUCUGUCUUUCCCUGCGAUGUAACCAAACCCACUUUUCCAAAUCAUCCUUAGUGUGUCACUAACAAGUGCUUCACUGAACAGUGGCGCAGACCUCAGGAAACACCCAUCAGCAGCCUCUACCCGCCUUCCUUCCAGAAGCUCCAGUUAGACACACAUCUGUGGGAAGGAUGGAGUCCAUCUGAAACCCUCCUGGAAACGCCCGUGUCCUCGUCCCUCCUGUCUCUGUCGCCACCGUGGGCUGAAGGAUGUGCCCACUGAGGGCCUGCACUGUGCCUGCUUCCUGAGGUUUUCCUAAUGCCCCUUUUGGGAUGUAUAAGAUUGAGAAACUGACUAUUAUAAAAUUAGGGCAUAUUUCUGUAAAAUUCCCAACCAUGUGAAACAAAAUGCCUAAAAACUUAUAGGCACCUGAGCAGCAAGCACCCUGGGUAGUUAACCCCAUGAGUCACCCCUGCAUCCGGCAAACAGCUCUUGCUUUGCUUGACUCAGAGUACCAAGUGGAACAGGAUCUGUUGAGAGGAGGAUCCUGUCAGAGGCUGUUAGCAGUGAGAGAGCAUGAAAUGCCUAAGAGCAGAGCACAGGUACUAAGGAUGACAAGGCAGUCCUUCGGGUCAGAGAUGCCAGCCACUGAUUUCUGGCCCACCUUAAAGUACAGACGAUAACGGAAAGUUAACCUUAGAAUGUAAGAAACCGAUACCUGUAAUGUCUUCUAUCUGUUGUAACCUUAAGAUACUUGUGAAAAUCCUUCAUUUUUAACCUGGCUUGGUGGCUCAAACCUGUACUCCUAGCACUUGGGAGGCCAAAGUCAGAAGCUCACCGCAAAUUCAAGGGAAGCUUGAGCUACAGAGUGAGACACUGACACAGAAUUAAAACAGAAAAAAAGAAUCCUUCGUUUUUAGCUGCCAUGUUUUGCCUGUUCUAGAAUCAUGAGUCUCUGCAGAGGUGACUGGCAGCCACACAGCUCUACACCCCUGUUCUUGAUUCAGGAAAGGAGCUAGGAAUCCCAGCCGUUUAAUAUCUAAAUGUGGAGCACUCCUCAAACCUUCACGAACGAUACAUUGUGGAUAUUUAAUAUUUAUUUAUAUUUUUUUCAUAAAAGAUAUUCUAUUAAAUCUAAUUUAAAAGAAUUGUGUCAUAUCUGAUACUAGAAUACAAAUGUAAAUACCUUUAAUGGAAAUUUGCAACUUUUUAAUGUUUUAACAUAGUUUUCUAUUUGUCUUUAUUUCAGGUACCAGAAGUAUAAAAUAAUAUAUUUUUAUUGUCAUUGUUUUAGGGUUUAUGUGCUAAUUUGCCUUGAGUACAUUAAUACAGUAAAAAGAUCAUUCAGUGUUCUUGUCACCUCUAUUUUGAGAUUUUUAUAUACAUAUCUCAUGUGUUUGUUUUUUCUUAUAUGUAUUCCUUAUAUGUGUGUUUUGCCUGCAUGUAUGUUUGUACACCACAUGUGUGCCUGGUGCCCGUGGAGGUCAGAAGAGGAUCCUCUAGAACUGGAAUUACAGGUGGUUAUGAGGACCAUGUGAGUCGUGGGAAUUAAACUCAGGUCCACUGCAAGAGCAACAAGAGCACCUAGCCACCAAGCUAUCUCUCCUAAAAUCCUGUUUGUUUUGAGUCAGGGUCUCACUGUGUAUCCCUGGCUGGGCUUGAAGCUCACAGUAUAGACCAGGCCGACCUUGAACUCAGAGAUCCACCCACCCCUGCCUCCCAAGUACUAGGAGUAAAGGCAAGCACCACCAUGUCCAGCUCAAAGUUGUAAUUAAGGAGCAAGCAGCUGGUGGGCUGGAGGCAUCUGUCACUCAACGACUAGUGUGCUUGCCUAGUGUGCACAAAGCCCAAGGGUCGGUCUCCCAGCACUUGUUGUUUGGAAGCAGGCGAUCCCAAGUUCCAGGUCAUCCUUUGGCUACAUGUGAAUUAGAGGCCAGCCUGGGCUACAUGCAGCCCAACCUAGAAGGAAGGGAAGGAGGGGAGGGGAGGCUGUUGUAAAUCACCCUGAUGUUCGUAGUGAGAGUAGCUCGGCCCUUAGUGUUUGCUGAGGAGAGAUGCUUGGGAAAGCUGGGUCUUCACAGCAGUGUUUAAAAUGAGUUUACCUGCAGGACAGAGAAUGUGCUCUGUGGGGUCACUUCAGAGUCCUGUGGUAUUUGCAGUCGCUGGCAAGGGCUGCAGGUCACAGUCUGUCGGAAAAAGUUUACAGUCUGCCGUAAAGCUGAAUGCUAAGCUGCGGGCAGGACAGAAUUCACCCUGUAGAUCGAAUCCACAACACCUGAGACUUCUCAAGGUGAGGCACAGCAUUACAUUCAACGUAUUUCCUUUCUGCCGAGGAGCAGUGAGUCAAAGCUUAUCUAUAUAACACACUAAUUUUGCAGUCCCAGAAGACAAAUAGACAGGCUUAAGGCAUCGUUUUAAAGAGGUGCUUUAAAAAAAAAAAGGUCUCAUCAUAGCCAAGGGUAACCUCAAACUCACAGUCUAACUGAGGAUGACCUGGAACUUCUGACCCUUCUCCGUGCUGAUAUUCCAAGCCUGUGCUACCAUGCCCACAGCAAGAAUUUCCAGAUGUACACCUUGAGACCUUAGUGGUAGGCAAAACCCCUCCUGCUCUGAAUGAAAUUCUUGGGCGCUUUCCAUGACUCCAUAAGAGCUACCUCUAUGUCAGACCCUUGUCAAAGGGUUAAGGGCUUCUGCAAGGAGGGUUCUCCUGGGCCACUGAGAAGGUCUGUCUGGGAGUGCGGAAAAGAGACUGUGGUGGUUUGGAUGAAAAUGGCCCCCAAAGACUCAUAGGGGUGGCGUUAUUGGAGAUGUAGCCUUGGAGUAGGUGUGUCAACAGGGGCUGGGCUUCAGAGUUUCAGAAGCUCAAGCCUGGCGCAGUGUCUGUUCCUGGCACCCGCUGAUCUGGAUGUAGAACUCUCUUAGCUACUCUCUCCGGCACCAUGUCUUGUUUGCUACCGUGAUGAUAAUGGACUAAACUUCUGAACUGUAAGCCAGACCCAAUUAAAUGUUUUCUUUGUAAGA